GUUCCAGUCAUGCCAAAACUGUGAGACGUUGGAGAACGCAAACCUUCAAAGAUUAUCCGAGAACCUGUCGCUGCAGAGCCUACAGGUUGGCAGAGGUCAGCGGUGUUUUAAAGAUGGAAGUGUGCAGAUGGAAAGGAUGCAGCAGAAUUUUGUGGGUUUUCAUCUUGCAUUUCUCAGGUUUUGUAUCCGUGGAAGGGUCUGGUCGCUGUAGUCUCUUUAGCCGGCAGCAUAUACACACAUUUGACGGUGUGAUUUAUGAGUUCCCUGGAGACUGCAGCUACAUGCUGGCUGGAGACUGCCAACAAAGAAGCUUCUCUAUACUGGGUGAUUUUUCUCAUGGGAAAAGGAAAGGAGUGACUGUGUUUCUUGGAGAAGUUUUUGAGCUUCACCUCUCUGUUGAUGGAACAUUGUCACAAGGAGCAGAAAGGCUUCCAUUGCCGUAUGCGUCAAGCUCUGUAUUCGCAGGGUUUGAGCUGGGAUAUGUUCGGUUAUGGAGCGAAGAAUUCGGAUUCUCAAUUCGUAUAGAUUCCUCGCAUAACAUACAACUCACUCUUGCCAAACAACACAGCAAUCACACAUGCGGCCUGUGCGGCAACUACAAUUAUUUGGUGGAGGACGAUUUCACUGCACAAGAAGGUUUCGUGACAGAUGACCCAUAUAACUUUGCAAACUCUUGGGUGAUGAAUGGAGCAGAGGAACCCUGUAAACGUGUGACUCCUCCAUCACAGAGCUGCAACAGCACCGGAGAAUCUGUUAAAGAUCUGAUGUCACAGUGUGAAGCCAUGAGCAGCUCCACCCUCUUCCUGCGUUGUGGGCACCUUGUUAAUGCGGCUCCAUUCGUGUCUGUAUGCGAGUCUGAUGUAUGUCACUGUGGGACGGGUGAUGGGUGUGUUUGCCAGGCCAUGUUAGAAUACGCCCGCACCUGUGCCAGUCGAGGCGUGACCCUGUCUAACUGGCAUGUACAGAACCGGUGCUCUCUUAAGUGUCCUGUUGGCAUGGAGUACAGUGACUGCACCCCGACCUGUUCUGCUUCUUGUCAGAGUCUGAACAUUAAGGAAGUUUGCAAAGAAGAAUGUGUUGAUGGCUGCAACUGCCCAGUGGGUAAGGUGUUGGAUGGAGAUCGCUGUGUUGAUGUCUCUCAGUGCUCCUGUACGCACGCAGGACGGCGCUAUCCUCCCGGUUCCUCCAUCGCACAGGACUGCAACACAUGUGUGUGUCGCCAUGGAUCAUGGGAAUGCACCAAUGAAGAAUGUCCUGGGGAGUGUUUGGUGACAGGACAGUCCCAUUAUAAGACCUUUGACAAUAAGUUCUUCACCUUCAGUGGUAUUUGUCAGUAUCUUUUGGCUAAGGACUGUACAACCAACUCAUUUUCAGCCAUCAUCGAGACUGCACAGUGUGCGGAUGACCAAGAUGCCAUCUGCACGCGAUCAGUUAUCCUGAGGUUUUACGAUCUGGCCAAUCAGACGAUUCGUCUCAAGCAUGGGGGUGUGGUCUCUGUGGAUGGAAUGGAUGUACAAACACCUCUAAUAAACGGUGCACUAAGAGUCCACAAUACAGUGAUGUCAUCCGUGAGACUGAGUUAUGGACAUGAUCUUCAUCUGGACUGGGAUGGUAGGGGUCGUGUUUUGCUCAGGCUAAGCCCUGCCUAUGCUGGGAAAACCUGUGGUCUGUGCGGUAACUAUAAUGGUAACCAAGGAGACGACUUCUUAACGGUGGGCGGGCUGGUGGAGACGCGCGUUGAAGGAUUCGGUAACGCAUGGAAGAUGAACCCAGAGUGUGAAAAUAUUCAGAUACAACCGUCUGAUCCCUGUAUCUCAAACCCUAAGAGAGUGCGUUUUGCAGAAGAGGCCUGCGCAGUUCUGCUCUCAGUAAAGUUUGAACCCUGUCAUUACGAAGUGAACCCCGAUCCAUAUUUGAAGAACUGUCGCUAUGAUGUCUGCACCUGCGCAGACGGGCAGGAGUGUCUGUGUGAUGCUGUGCGCAGUUACGCAGCCGCCUGCACAGCCAAGGGAGUGUUGAUCAACUGGAGGGGUCAUGGAUACUGUGAUUUGACGUGUCCGGAUGACCAGGUGUACGAGGCGUGUGGAAAUGUGUGUAAUCAGACCUGUAGGUCUUUAUCCCUGCCUGACAGCGACUGUCGCGGGUUGUGUGAUGAAGGCUGUUUCUGCCCAAGAGGACUCUUCCUCAGUGAUGCGGGAGAAUGCGUGCCUGCUGACCUCUGCUCAUGCCACUAUAAUGGAGAAAUCUUUGAGCCCAACGACAUGAUUGGUGAUCAUCACUCCAUCUGUGUGUGUGAGAAUGGAUCCAUGCAUUGCAGUUCUAGUCAAGCCGCUGGAUCGACCCUAUCAGAACUGUUCUUUGACGAUCAUCCACUUUCACGAGAGCGGCGCUCUAUCUCUUGCCCUCCUCCGCUACAGCGGUUCGAGUGUAGCAGUGUAAGGGAUACUGGGAUAGAGUGUGCCAAAACCUGCCAGAACCUGGAUCUGGAGUGCGUCAGCUCGGGAUGUGUGUCUGGAUGUAUGUGUCCAUCUGGAAUGGUUCGACACAGAAGAGAAUGCAUCCCACUAGACCAGUGUCCUUGUUUCCAUAACAACCGCCCCUAUGCCUCAGGACAGAGCAUUAAUGUGGAUUGUAACACCUGCGUUUGUGAGGGGCGUCAGUGGAAAUGUACGCAGCGUGUGUGUGACGGCGUGUGUCGGGCAAUAGGAGAGUCGCACUACAUCAGUUUUGAUGGACUGAAGUUCUCGUUUCCUGGACCCUGUCAAUACGUACUUGCUCAGGAUUAUUGUAAUGGAUUGGAGGGCACGUUCAGGGUUCUAGUGGAGAACUCCGCCUGUGGGAUUGCAGGUUACCGCUGCAGUAAAUCCAUCACAGUGUUUUACAAGGGAGGCUUAAUUGUCAUGGAAAACAAAGAGGUGAGAAUGAAGAGGCCGGUGUUAAAAGAGACAGAAGUUGAGAUUGUGCGCUCUGGACAGUAUUACAUCGUCCUGCUGGGAAAGCACAUCUCUCUUACCUGGGACACGGGAACCCGAAUAACACUACAGAUCAACGGAGAGUACAGGGGUAAAGUCUGUGGCCUUUGUGGAGAUUUUGACGGCAGUCAGAAUAAUGAUCUGAUGAGCAGUAGUAACCAGAUGGAAAUGAACUUUGCUGACUUUGGAAAUUCCUGGAAAGUCCAACCUAGCUGUGCUGAUGCAGUUCAGGUACCAUCUCAAUGCAGCACAGACAUGGUAAAGUUGGUGACAGUGGAGCAGUCCUGUCGUGUGCUCACCAGCACCCCCUUCAGGGAGUGUAAUAGUGUGGUGGACCCUGAGCCGUACUGGGACAUUUGUACUCAUGACACAUGCUCGUGUGCAUCUGUCGGAGAUUGUGCGUGUUACUGUAAUGCCAUUGCUGCGUAUGCACACGAGUGUGCUCAGAAGGGAGUGGUGGUGAACUGGAGAUCCAACGACUUGUGCCCACUAAGCUGUGAGGAGUUAAAUAAGGACGCAGGAGUGAAGUGCGAGUGGAAAUAUAACGCCUGUGGUAGCGCUUGUCCCAAAACCUGUCAGCACCCUGAACCUUUGAACUGUCCCGUGACAUGUGUGGAGGGAUGCCAUGCCGUCUGCCCACCAGGACAAAUUUUGGAUGAGGUGCUAAAGAAGUGUGUGGAACCAUCGCAAUGUCAGGACUGUAUGCAUGCUGGAGAGAGAAUUUCCCAUGGAAAAAAGUUUGUGCUGAACAAAGAUGAUCCACAUCUCUGCCAGAUAUGCCACUGUGAGAGCAACACAAUGACAUGUGAUCCAUGUCCCGAUGAUACUUCCUCCACGCUAUCACCGACCACUAUCUUCAACACUCCGACACCCCUCCCGCUGUCCACGGCAAUACCGGAGGACGCCUGUGACAGGGCGAUGGAUCUUGCCUUCUUAGUGGAUGGAUCAUCUGCUAUAAGUGAGGAAGACUUUGACUUAAUCAAACUCUUCAUCCUAAGGGUCGUGGAACGGUUCCGCAUGGGUUCCGCUCACACUCGUGCCACAGUUCUGCUCUUCCACUCUGGUGUGAAGAGUUACGAUAUGCAGGUGCAAAAGUGGAUUUUUAAGAAUAUGGUGCGUGGGUUGCAUUACAGUGGUGGGGAUGUGGCGUUCAUGGAUGAGGCCAUAAAAUACCUGGCGGUCUACAUCUACGACAAGAACAAGCGUGUGCACGCGGGGCGCGUUGCGAUCUUGCUGACGGCGAGUACUAAUCCUCGGCCCAUGCGCAGCACUCAGCGGCUGCUGCGUAAGAAAGACAUAACCAUCCUCACGGUCGCCCUCGGACCUGACGUCAGUAUGGCACAGGUCAAUGAGAUCACAAAAGCGACACCCAGCAGUCGCGCAUUUGUGGUCAGCGGUGCGGCGGAGCUCGACGAUCGGGCUCUGAACAUCACCGACUACCUUUGCACCUUGGGGUUGGACCCGGAACCCCCAAAGAAACCCACUCCUGUGGCUAGUACCACAACUAAACCAGCAACCUUAACAACUACUACAACCUCUAAACCCAACGUUGCCACAGUUCCCCCAACCGCUGCUAUUCUCUAUUCUGGAACCACACUUUUUCCAACUACAGUAACAACAACCGAGGUCGUCUUCUUGUUGGAAAGCUCAAACUCAAUGGGCGAGGAAAACUUUAAUAAAACUCGUGAUGCGCUGGUGGACGUCAUUGCUUCACUUGAUGACAAAGAGGUGGAGAAUCUUCGAAUUACAGUGAUGCAGUACUCUCUCACUGUUACCGUGGUGAUCAACCGCAUGGAAAUGUGGCACAGGGAGCAGGUGCUGCGUAGAAUGCGACAGUUACGCUGGACGAGUGGGGAAGAAGUCAACACGGGUCAUGCCAUUCAAUCUGUAUACGAAUCUGUUUCAACGGAGACGCCCAGUCGUUCACCGGACCAGUUGGUUUUUCUUAUAACCCAGAGUCCACCUACCGACGUGAUUCGGCGCCCUCAGAGUUCCACCCAUAGGAAAUUGUAUCCGAUUGGGAUUGGCCAACAUAUUCAAUACGAGGACCUCGCCCUGCUGAGUUUUCCGGAGGAACCUAUCAUGAUGAAAAACCCAUCGGACAUUAGGAGAUUGGGUCCCAUGCUGAUUAAUAUCAGUAGAACAAUUAAUCGCCGUCUGGUGCCCACACUUCCACCGAGAGCAACACUGCCCCCUUCAGUGCCGUGCUCUAAACCCAUGGAUCUGUUGUUCCUGCUGAGAGCCUCUUCUGAUAACCAGUUUGAAGACCUGAAAACAUUUGUGAAAACGUUUAUAAGAAGCACACCUAUCGGUCGUAACGAGACACAAGUUGCAGUGAUUGUGUAUGGAGCGAAAUCACCCAUGGGGAUCUCCUGGAGAGAUGAGCAGAAUAAAGACAACCUCAUCAAGCUGCUAGAUAAUUUACACGGCGAAUCAGACAACGCAUCCAGACUGGGAGCUGCUCUGCGAUUGGCCGUGCAGACUGCCGUUUCAUCCACCAGCGGGGGACGGAUGGGCAUCCCUAAAGCCGUGGUUAUGAUAGUGACUGACAGGUCAAUAGAUUCGGUGCAUGAGCCUGCAAAUGAGGCUCUGACUGCCGGUGUAUCUGUGUUUCCUAUUGGACUGGGUCAACAGUAUGACCAAACUGAGCUGAGCGUGCUCGCUGGCCCACAUUCUCAGAACAACAUUAUCCGUCUCAGAAGCACAGAGUACCUGCUUGCUAUGGUUGUGCUGGACCAAUCAUUCACGGAUAAACUCUGCAGGGCUGGUCCACCGGGAGUGUGUGUGGAUGAUGAAGGAAAUGAACGGAAGCCCGGUGAGGUGUGGAUGUUGUCAGACAGAUGUCACUCAGUGCUAUGCAACCCAUCAGGAACAGUAACGCUGCAAAGCCAUCGAGUCAACUGCGAGAAGAUGGAGCGUCCCGUCUGCAAAAACAACCUUCAGCCCCUCCGGCUAAACCACACCUGCGGAUGUACCUGGGCCUGCCCCUGCACCUGCAUGGGCAGCUCAUCCAGUCACGUCGUGUCGUUUUCGGGUGCAGCUCUAAAGCUGAAAUCUGCUUGCUCCUAUUUGCUGCUUCGUUCGGGAGGGGCGGAGCUAGUGCUGCAUACGUCUGCCUGUCAAAGCUCAACAAAUCAGAUCUGCAUGAAGAGCUUGGAACUGCGGGAGGGUGGGAUGUCUGUGAUGCUACAGGAUGACAUGAAGGUGUUAGUGGAUGGGGUGGAUACUGCGGUCCCCUUCAGAACAGGAGAAAUAACUGUGACACAGAUUGGUGCAAUUCUGCACCAGAUGAGUUCAGAGCAACACGGUUUCACACUUACAUUCACUCCACACAGCAACGAGUUCAUGGUCAAUAUGGACAUCACUAUGGAAAGCAACACCACGGGCUUGUGUGGUUCAUGUUCUGACGAUCAGUCGGGUCUGGUUCUGUCUGACGGCAGUGUGACCACAGACCCUGAGGCAUAUCUGAAGGGAUGGGCUCUGGGCGAGUGUGUUGCCAUUCACGAGGUCACAUCAUGUGCUGCAGGUGUGACGAUGGGCUGUGAUGUGUUAAGUUCAGAGGUGUUCAGUCGCUGUCACUCGCUGGUGCCGCCCCAAGACUACAUUCAGAUCUGUCGAAAUGUGGCCUGCCAGCCUAACGCCUUGUGUGACCUCAUCUCAGCAUACAGCAGCAUGUGCAGACAACUAGGAGCGUGUGUGGACUGGAGAUCGCCCACCCUUUGUCCCAUGCAAUGCUCAGAACCGCUGGAAUAUGCCGCAUGUCGUACGGGAUGUUUGGAGGAGUGUUCCUCCAAACAGGGACAGUUUUAUCCUGGAGACACCAUUGUAAUGGGUGAUACUGUGAUUAAGGCUAAUGGAUCACAGUGCUUGUCCACACCAACUGAGGGCUGUUUCUGCCCUGAAGGCUUGCUGUUAAUGGGUGGUAAAUGUGUCAGCGAAGAGGUCUGCAGUCAGUGUGUGGACCACCACGGGAAAACUCACAAGUUUAUGGAGAGCUGGAAUCCUAAGGACAACCCUUGUCUGCUGUGUGUGUGUCUCGAUCAACAGCAUAUCAACUGCACGGCUCUCCCCUGCACCAAUGCUAAAGCUCCAGAGUGCGGACAAUGCGAGGUUCUCCGGGAGAAGAUGGAAUCCAAGUGUUGUCCUGAAUAUGAGUGCGUAUGUGACACAGUCAACUGUAAGCUACCAGAUCCUCCUACGUGUGCUCACGGGCUCAGUGUCGUUCUCACAAACCCUGGAGAAUGUCUACCAGUUUACCAGUGUGUGUGCAGAAAGGAUCUUUGCCCUACGAUGGUCAAACCCUCCUGCCCUGCGUACAAGAGACUCUCGAUUAAACAAACCGAGUGCUGCGAUUCGUACGAAUGCGUUUGCGAUUGUCAGAGCGUUACCCGCACAUGCCCACCAGGUUAUAUCACUAAAACCACUGCCAAUGACUGUGACUGCGUAGAGGUCACCUGCGCACCUGAUAAGGUGUGUGUGGUGGACGCAGUGGUGUAUCAGGUGGGCAGCCGGUGGGAAGAAAAGUGCAAAACAUGUUCCUGCACGGAGCAGACAGACAGACAGACGGGUCUGCACGUCGCACAGUGUGUGGACCCGGUUUGCAACCAGAUUUGUCCUCUAGGAACCACGUACUCGCAUUCAGAUAGCGAAUGCUGUGGUCACUGCCGCCCAUCCAGUUGUGUUGAAGGAGGUCGUAUGAGACAGAUUGGAGAUCAGUGGCUGUCUCCACACGACAGUUGUGUGUGGAGUGAAUGUGUCCAGGUGAACGAGGAGGUGUUUAUUCAGCACACAAACGUGUCUUGUAAACUUAUGGACGCGCCAACCUGUCCAUUGGGCACGGAGCUCCAAUGCAACACUGUAGAUGGCUGCUGCCCAAGCUGUCACUGCGUUCAAAUGGAUGCCUGCGUACUGAACCAAACUCUUAUUGCGGCUGGAGAACGAUUGAUGGUGGAUGUGUGCACAAACUGCGAGUGUAUGAGAGAUAAGAAGAGUUAUCGGCUCUCUUGCAGGAAGAUGAGCUGCUCUCCCUGCUCAGAGGGUUAUACACUUGAGCCGAUACCGGAUGCUUGUUGCGGCCGCUGCGUACCAACCGCAUGCAGCAUCCGUUAUCCUGGUGGACAGAUGAAAACGCUGAAAGCGAAUGAAACCCUUACAGAUGGCUGCUCAAAAUAUACAUGUAGUGUGAAUAGGAAAGGAGAACUGGUGUUGGAGACUCUGGUCACAGCCUGCCCUCCUUUAGAUCGCAGUCGCUGUGUAGAGAACGGGGGUCAAAUCCGUCAGAUUAGAGACACCUGCUGUGAGAUGUGUGCGGAACCAGAAUGCAGGAGGCGUGUGGGUCUCUUGAAUUACAUCAGAGUAGAUGACUGCCAAUCAGAAGAGAAGAUAGAGCUCACUUACUGCGAGGGGAAGUGUGAUAGCAAGUCUAUGUAUUCUCUGGACAAGCACAAUGUGGAAACGGAGUGUGCGUGUUGUUCGGCUACCGGCACUGUGCCUAUUAACGUUUCCCUGCGCUGUGCUAACGGCACACGGACGCACCACCAGGUCCUCGCCGUCACCGGAUGUGACUGUAUGUCACGCAGCUGUCCUACAGACUGAGCACACACACACAAGCUGAUAAAACUUACAUCAACCUGAUAAACUGCUACAAUACUUUUUUUAUAUAUGCAUCUUCAGCAGGUAUAGCAAUCGAUUAAAAAGCACUUUACUCAACAUUUCUGUUUAUAUAAACAAAACAUAUUUCAUACACUUAAUCGGUAUGUUGCAGAUGCCGUCCAUUGGACUGUUUUUCUAUGCAAGUAUAUUCAAGAACAAAAUAAUGUGUGUUUGUAGUUUAUGGGUGUUUCACUACAAUAAAGAAAAAGCUUCAUGAAGUACUCGG